GCCAGGAAACCCCGGGGACUGGCACACAGGGUAAAAUGCGUGCAAAUGAGCCGCCUGCAGUGGCCGGCAGAAUGCAUCCUGCGCGCUCGAUUGGGAAGCAUGAAUCCUACCUGAACUUACCGCCGAGGCGGCGUUAAUACUCCGGUGCAUGCGUGGCAGCCAGUGGAAACGGGCGCAGCGAACGCCCUCACGUCCGAUCCCUGCAGGCACGCGGGAUACUGUGGGGGUGCGCGAUACAAACGGUACGCAAUUGAAUUUGGAGUCGCGCUCGGAUUGUUGGAGAAACGGGCGACCGCAGGCUGCGAUCAACAUGUGGGCAUGUGGGCGAGUGGAGCGGGCGGCGCAUCGACACGGACGACGGGCCAAAGAGGGUCUUGCUCGUGUGCGCGCAGCGCUGCUCGUGUGCGCGGCGUGUGCGCGCUGCUGGGCUGACGUGGAGAUGUGCGAGCGAGCCUCCCCGUUCGAGCUUCCUCGCGGCCUUGUUGGUCAGCCUCAGUCAGCGUGUUGCCUGGCGGCCGCACGCUUUGGGCUGUUGGACCGGACCUGGUGCCGCGCUAUCGUGCGGUACGAGUCGCGAAACGGUACAUGCCGUGUUGAGAUGCGAGGCUCCAGUGUUGUGCACGCUUCGCUCGACGCUUCACUUCAAGUUCCUGUCUGGCGUGUGCAGCGUAUGGUCGCGGUCCCAGUAUUGAUACGAGAUCCUUCGGGGCCGUCACAGCAUCGUCAACAACUUUACAGUUUGGAAGUUUGGAUGAAGGCGUGAGGUGAGGGUCAGGAUGGAGUCCACCAGGCGUCCAGCUUGGCACAGGGCGGAUCACAGACGGCGGCGGA